CUGGACCUAAUUGAAACCCAAAAAUCUAAAUAUGCAGGACCGAAGACCGACUCAAUAUGUGUUCAGUUCGGAUUUGGUUUGGACCUAACAAUCUAGUUUGGUCUAGACCUAAAUAUGAACAUCAAAAGUAGGAAUCAUUUAUGGAUAAUGCUAUUUGUACCCCAAGAAUUUGUACCCCAUUUCUUACACUGCAGGGAUGCACCAACAUUUUGUGUUGGUGUAAUGCUAAUUUUUGUUAACGACCAACACUUUGUGUCAAUGUAAAUUUUUAUUAAUGCAUCAACACUUUGUGUCAAUGUAAAUUAUCAAAAUGUUGAUGCAUACCUUUAAUGUACAAAUGGACCACAAAUGUUGAGGUAUAUGUAGCAUUUUCAUCAUUUAUUGUACCUAAUCUGCGCUAUUUGGAACAACACCUUAACUCAUCCGAAGUAUGUCUAUAAACCAAAACUCCAAACGGGCCCUUAUUUUCUUGGCGUUCAAUUCUCACAAACGUUCUAGGCGCUUUCCUCCCGAGCAAGAUUGCAACGAAAUAAUUCAGACAACUGAGGAAGAAAGCCGAAGAAGAUGGUUAGAGCAUAUUCACAAGAGCAUACCUAUAAGCAUCCAUGGGAAAGAGUGACGGCUGCAUCAUGGCGAAAAUUUUCUGAUCCCGAAAACAGACGCAUCCUAUCACACAUCCGUGAAGUUGACACUUUGAGCCGCAAGAUUGUCCCCAGUUCCGGGAAGCUUUACACAACGCGUGCUAUAACCAUCCAUACACCCGGACCGUGGUUCAUUUCCAGAAUCAUUGGUCAGGAUAUCUGCCACUGUGUUGAAUCAACGGUUGUUGAUGCCCGAUCACGCUCAAUGCAGCUGUCCACUCGCAACAUAAGCCUUGAGAAGUUUGUUGAAGUGGAAGAGAAGAUCCGGUACGACCCCCAUCCGGAGAACCCAAACGGAUGGACUAUUUGCAGGCAGGAAACAAGUAUCAGGAUUAAGCCGCUGUCAGUGUUGGCAUCAAUGGCAGAGAAGAUUGAGCAGAAGUGUGUGGAGAGGUUCCAGCAGAACAGUGUUAAGGGAAGGGAAGUGAUGGAAAGGAUGUGCAAGUAUUUUGAAACUGAAUCCAGUGGCUUUUCUAUGUGAACUCAUUUUGGGUCCUAAUUUUGACUGUUCCAUUUUUUGUUUGUUUGUAGAACUGGAUGUGAAAUCAUAGUUGAUGACUUCAUGGCAUGGUACAUUCUUUAGCCAGUGCAUCUCUGUAGUGCAAUAAUGGCUUUCAGAGAUG